AUGGUCGUCGUCGCGUCUGGCGAGACUGAAAACCCGCGGCGCAACAUCCCAAAGGCAAUCCGCCGCGUCUUUUGGCGCAUCGCGAUAUUCUAUGUCCUUGCCAUCUUCCUCGUUGGGCUGUGCGUCUCUUCAGAGGACCCUAACCUGCUCAACGCGAUCAGCAGCAGCAGUCCCGGCGCCGCGCAGAGCCCCUUUUGGGAGCGCUUCGGCGUGCCGUACGCCUGCGUCGCUGCUACAUCGGCGCUGGGGUGCUUGGUCUACCUCAACGUGAACAAUCGCGCCGCCGAGGUGUUUUUCUGGAUCAGCAACCUUAGCGCCGUGAGCACGCUGAUUGUGUGGGCUAGCGUGUGCUAUACCUACCUACGGUUCUACCAGUGCCUGCGACAUAAUGGUAUUGAUCGCGAUACGUUGCCGUACAAGGCCCCGAUGCAGCCGUUUCUCGCGUACUUUGCCAUUGUUUUCUGUCUCGUCGUUGCGUUCUUCAAUGGGUUUGAUGCGUUUUUCCCAGGGCGGUUCAGUGCCAAGACGUUUUUGCCGCCGUACAUUGACAUUCCAAUCUUCCUGUCACUUUUUCUAGGCUACAAGUUUGUCAAGAAGACCAAGUUUGUGAAAAUUUCCGAGAUGGACAUCUGGUCGGGCAAGGCGGAGAUUGAUCGGCUUGAGCCGACGUGGCCGGUGGUGAAGCCUCGCAACUGGUUGGAACGGAUUUGGUUUUGGAUCGCGUGA